UGCCACAAAUCCUUGCAAUUGUCUGAAAAAAAAAACAUUGAAGAAUGGAAAUACAAAAGAAGGUGGUAGCAAUAGUUAGCGAUAAAACGGCCAAUAUAGUCGCUGGUAUUCGAGAAGGAGGUUGGAGGCAAAUCGGCUGUUUUGCACACAGCAUUAAUUUGGCUGUGCAGGCUUGUCUCAGUAGUCUGAAUACAGUUUUGUCAAAAGUGAAAGCGAUUAAAGUUUUAUAAGAGAUGCUCAUCAGGACUGGCCAAACUAAAGGAAUUCAGCAACAAAUAGGCCUUCCUAAACUCAAGCUGAAGCAAGACUUGGUUACGCGUUGGAAUUCAACAUACGAUAUGAUAACACGUUUUUUCACUAUGAAAGAAGCUACAGUUUCUACAAUAGCAACAUUGGUCAAUAAUUUCCAAAAUUUGACUUCCAAUAUUUUGGAUAUUGUGGAAAAAGCCAUUUCAAUCAUGGAUAUAUUUUAUAAUAUUACAACAGAAAUAUGUUCCAAAAAAUAUAUAUCCCUUUCGAAAGUCUCGGUACUGUGUAAAAUUAUGAUUAGUCAUGUCAAUAAACAUUAAGAAGGAGAAACUUUGUAAACAGUAAUAAUUUUACUACUUACCACAUUGAAAACCAGCUGACCCAGAGGUUUCAAAAUGUAGAACGUAACAACUUAUAUGCAGAAGCAACUGUUUUGGACCCCUGGUUCAAAAAGCUGGGAUUUAAAGACACUGAACUUUACGAAGAUGCAGUUGCCUAUUUGCGUAGAAGGUUAGGAACAGCACGACCACAAGAACCGCCCCAAAUAAUUGAAACAGAUGUAGCAACUACAACGGCAUUAUCUGAGUUUGAUCCUCCUUUAACUUCAACAACAUUCCUCAGUAUAAUAAAGAGUACUAGCGUACAGUAUGGACACUCCCUGCCUCCCGUUGAAAGUGCCGCCCACCCGCUCUCGGGUACCUCACAGGUAUCGGCAGGACUGCAAGCGAAAGAAAAAUGGAAAAACCUCCGUUCUGUUUUCGUGCGAAACUUAAAACCUCCGGCUAGUGGAUCAUCAAAAAAAAAGAAAUACUAUUUGACAGAUGCAAUGCAGUUUGCUCUUCCUUAUAUAAAAUCAGCUGGAAUUCCAUCAGGCAGUUUACCUAAUUUGAAUAAUCAAGACGAUGAACCACAAGCAUCCACACCGCCCCCAAUAUCACCACCGCCCUUAGCAUCACCACCGCCUUCCGUAUCACCACCGCCCCCGACAUCACCUACUGCAUCCUCCAGUCAUCAAACUGAUCGUACUUCAACCCCGCUAUCAAUCUCCUCUCAGCGUCAGCGUCGUAAGAAUAAAAUAAGUGAGAAUGAUAAACUUUUCAAUGAUUAUUUAAAAACGAAAUUAAGCAAGCAGAAUGAUGUUAAUAAUGAGUCGACAAAUAAUAACGCUAACAAGAUGUUUUUGUUAAGUUUGCUGCCAGACUUGAAUUGUAUGACAUCGACACAAAUAAGAUCAUUUAAACGUCAAGUUAUAGAUGUGAUAGAUAACAUACUGAAUGUACCUCACACCUCACCAACACAAACACCGGUCUUACUACAUAUACCAAAUACUUCAAGUGCAUCAUCCUCGCAGAUAACAACUGGGAUAGAAAUGCCCAAUAAUAAUAUGAUCCAAUGUACAACCAACGAUGGACUAAAUGAAACUACAUAUAUUCAUCUACUCCAAAACACUAUGGGUGAAGUAAAUUAUACCCAGAAUUAAUGAUAAAGUUGAUAUUUUGUGCAAAUUUUAUAAAAGCAGUAUUACUUUAAUCUUUGAACUGUUACUUUUUUCUUGAUUUUUAAUAAAACAAAUUGUACAUUACCUGAUUGUUAUUAAAACCCUUUCCUCUGCGCUCACACACUCUCUCAUGUGCGUGUCUCUCUGGUGUAUAUGUGGAACAAGUAAAUUCACUAAAUGUCUAUAACUCUCUUUAGACAUUCUGUAGAAUGAUAAGAAUUUUGCAUCUGUUUGUUGUAAUUCUUUUGCAGCUACAAACACUCUGCAAUUUAUGUUUUUUUCUAUGUACGGAUGUACCCAGUAUCUUCUGUUACGACGAUUUCUUUGUUUCCGGUAAAGAUAGUACAAAAUUAUAGUUUCAUCAUCACUUGUGUCAGACAUUUUGUAAAUGUGAAAUCUGUUUAGCCGCUACGUCUGCAGUGGCUGAAUAGGCAAUUCACGUCUUGCGAUUCAAUGUCGUGUGUACGGACCAUGCGCUACUCGAUACUCGCGACAAGAUACUAAUGUAGUAUACAACAUUAGUAUCCAAGAUUUGCGUAGCCCUGUGUACGAAGGGCC